GUUUUUGUAAAAUUAUUAUUUUUAACAUAUUUUCGAUGCCCUCUUCUUUCUCGAUGAAACUUCCCUCUUUCUGCAAUCUUCUCCAGUCCUACUGUGUUUGGAUUUGUACGCUCUCUCCAUUUUUGCUUCGACUUCAACUUCAUACAAGCUUAUAUUGAAACUCCUCCUGCUUCUAGAUCCAUGUCAAUGCCUAAUGAGGACAAUGCAUCUUCACAAACUCAGCUUUCAUCUAAUUUGUUUGGGGAUCUCCUGGAUUCCGUGAUUGUUGAUAUUGCAUCGGAAUGCCAUCGAAUAGCAAGGUUAGGUCUUGAUCGUAACUUAGAAGAGGAAGAAGAAGAAUUAAGACUUUCAGCACAAGCACGAGUAAGAGUAGCAGAUUCUAGCAAUAGUAGUGAGGCAAACGGCAAAUAUGUAGUUGAUAUUUUUGGACAAACUCAUCCAUCUGUUGCCAACGAGAUAUUUGAUUGCAUGAAUUGUGGUCGAUCAAUUAUGGCUGGGAGAUUUGCCCCUCAUUUAGAGAAAUGCAUGGGAAGGGGUAGAAAGGCUCGUCCCAAAGUAACAAGAAGUAGUACAGCGGCUCAGAGCCGGUAUUCACGAGGCAAUCCUGUUUCUGCAUAUUCCCCUUACCCCAAUUCCACCAGCACGAAUCGCUUACCUAAUGGAACAUCUAGUCUUGCAGGGGAGGAGUACUCAAAUGGUACAUCUGAAGACCCAUGAACAGUGGAGCAAUGGUUGAAUGAUUCCAAUUUGAGAAAACAUACUGUAAUCUUAAUAUGCGCACAGGAAUAUAAUGAUAUCUCCUGUCAUGUUCAGUUUUUACAUUACAUGACUUCUUUGUAUGAGUUAUCAUUACGUGGGAAAAAAAUAUAUCAUGUCUGGAAUCUAUACUAUGAGUUCAUUAAUUUGAACUGUUCCAAAUUUUGAUGAUGAAGAUCUUGUACAGAAGUUCGAGGAAAUGGAAGUUAAAUGCAAUUCUAAUUUGGUGUCUUCAA